UAAAGCAGGAAUGGAUCUCACUCACAAACCGCGUUCACAUUGAUACGGUGGAAUAUAAAAAUAAAAUCUGAAAAAUGACGCAAUAUGCUCUUGGAGUCCACCUGCAGAUUCUGCUGGCAGUGGGUCUGGGAGUGUUCUGCUUCUGCCUGGUGCUGGGCUGUCUACUGUGUUGGCGGAGAGGGAAGUAUCAUCCACCAGAGGACAAAGAGGCUGCACUGUCCCCUUCCUCAGCCACGUGUGAACGGGUCACCGUGACCCUGACCCCCUCCUCUGGCACCUUACCCAUCAAGCAGCAGUAUGAGGAGCUAGACGGGGAUGUCCUGGACCUCCCCUCCCCCAAUAACAGCUCCUCCCCCUCUGAGAAUGACCUCACCACCCUGCCCUUUGAACCUCGCCCCCGGUCAUCCUCCUCCGAGCUGAGGUCCUCCCCCAGGUCCUGCUUCCCCAUGCGUCGCCUCAGCACCCCGGUUGUGUCCUCCUCCUCCCACUACAAGCCUUCAGGCCAUGGCCGCGCCUCCCUGCCCUCCAUCCCCAAACUGGGCCUAGUCUCCAAGACCCGUCGGGCGCUGGAACGCCGCUGCUCCGUGAGCGGUGACAAUUUUCUGUACAGCGAACAGAGCCGCCUGACCAGCCCUGGCAGUGCCAUGCACCCUCCUGGCCCUCAGGGGGAGCUGUCCCAGCCACAAUAUGGCUCCAGCUCCUGCUCCCUAUCCAUCCCCACCAAGCCUGCUCCUCUACUACACUUCUCCCUACUCUUCUCCCCGGCACGGGGCACUCUGACCACCAACAUCAUGGGCCUGUCCGGGGCGGCACGGCGGCGCAGUGGGGUGUUCGUACGAGCCAGCCUGCCCCCGCUCUGCCCCUCACCCCAGCAGGGGGCAUCUCGACGGUCCAGCCUCAGCCCAGAGAUACAGUGCCAGAGCUUUGUGCUACAGGUGGGCUCCGUGGAAGAGCUCCGCGCCUGCACCCUCCGGCUGGCUGUGUUCAGCAGGGACUUUUCAGGCCUGAGAGAGACAGCGCUGGGGGAGCUGGAGAUGCCUUGUGGGGAGAUGGACUGGGAGCCCGACACAACUGUCACCUACACCAGGGAGCUCACCCCCACCAGGAGUAGGCUGAAAAAGAGUAUGAGUUCCCAGGAGACGUUGGGUCGUAGGAAGAGUUCGCUCUGUGCUGCUCCACGGGCCCUGGGUCAGCUCUUCAUUCUGCUGCAGUACCAGACACUGGCCCACCGCAUCAAGGUGAUGAUCCGCAAGGCUGAGAACCUGGCCAAACUCUCCCGGAUGCCAGGAGCAGCAGAUCACUAUGUAGUCAUCAACCUCCGUCAGGAUGGGAAGGUGAUCAGUACAAAGGAGACCAAAGGGGCGGGAGGACACAACGCUGUGUGGAACGCUCCCUUUCUCUUUGACCUGCCUGUUGGUGACAUCACUCAGCUGCCUCUUGCUCUGGAGUUCAUCAUCAUGCAGGGGCGGCUCUACACGAAGAGCAGCAUGCUGGGCCGUGUGUUGAUUGGCUGCGAGGCCCCAGAGGCAGGACAGGGACACUGGAGGGACAUGUGCAGUCAGGGACAGGUGGAGACAGCACACUGGCACCCCAUCACACCAGAAGUCUUUUAGGACUUUAUAGCUGACCUCUACCUGUGUCAGGUUGUCAGGACGUUGCUGGAGAGAGGACAGGGGAUAGAGGGCUUGCUAGACUAAUGGGACACGCACAAAGGACAGACAGCAAAUGGACUAUCGGUGGUGGUACCUGUAAACAUAUUGUGAUGUCAUUGCAUUUAGACCUGUAGUACCUGAUACUUACUGUUCCACACUGCCCUAACAGUGAGAUACAGGCCACAGGAUGGACUGCCACUACCGAUGUAUGAUACCAGUUGCAUGGAUUUGUGUUAUAUGUUGGUGCUGUUUGUAUCAUAGAGAAAAAUCGGUCAGUCCCGCACAUCUUUAAAGCUGGAAUCCUUAAUUGAAACUACAGCAAAGCGGCUGCCCCACCUGUGUUUUGUUAAAAAGCUGGGGGAUGAGCUUGGAGAAAGAUAAUCACUCUCAAAUUCRUAGGCAGGACUGAACAUCGAUGAUAUCAAAAUUAUAGUUUUAACCAUGUUUUGAGGCUGUACAGUGUUGUUUUACAUUUACAUAGUUUACAAACAUUGGAGUAAAACAAGCUUGUAUUAUGGGUUCUGAUGGAGUAGGACAGUUUAAAUAAGCUCAUGAGGCAUUUACAAGUUAUWUUUUUCAAGAAUCAAUGGAUGGGUAUACUGUAUCUGUAA